AUGGCAUAUCCAAGGCCCUCACGGACCAGCGACUUGCCCACUGAAAAUCAGAAUGACUUACUCACAUCAUCCCGUGCCAUCGUGGCCUCAGAACCUCAAGACGGACAACGUGCCGGCGAGAACUGGGCAAUACAAGAUAUUCAGGUCCCGUCCACGCUCAAAGAAGGCGAAAUCCUGGUCGAAAUGGUAGCAAGUGGGAUCUGUCACACAGAUCUUGCCCUUACCGUUCCCGAAAAGGGCCAGACAUUCCCUAUUGUACCCGGACACGAGGGAGCCGGUUACGUGCGAGCAGUAGGCCCAGGCGUUAAGAAACCGGUCAAACCUGGUGAUGCUGUACUACUGUCAUUCGACUCCUGCACGCUGUGCCCUAAUUGCCGAGCGCAACGUCCUGCCUACUGUGAUGUUUUUGCUCCUUUGAACCUCUUUGGCGAGUCCGACGUUUUUCAGGCUAGUGGCGCCGAUGCAUCGAAAGGCGGCGUAGGCGGCAAGUUCUUUGGACAGUCCAGUUUCGCGAAACUAAGCGUUGUGAAAGAGACCACAGUUCUGCCUGCCAACGAUCUCAUCCAGAACGAGGAGGAGCUGAAACUGUUUGCGCCGCUGGGAUGUGGUAUCCAGACGGGCGUGGGAGCAAUAACUAAUCUUGCCAAGGCGAGCCCAGACGAUAUAGUGCUAGUCACUGGUCUCGGCGGUGUCGGGCUGAGCGCGGUUAUGGGCGCGCAUAUCUCUGGUUGCAGAACCAUCGUUGCCGUCGACAAAGUACAAUCGCGAAUCGAUCUGGCCAAGGAAGUUUUCGGCGCCACACAUGGUUUCAACACGACAGAUGUUACCGAUCUUGCAGCCGCGUUGAAAGAGGCAUGUGGUGGUCGAGGCGCGUCAGUUGUGGUCGAAACCACGGGAGUACCACUUCUCAUUGAAGCCGCGUUCGAUGCUGUUGACAUCAAAGGGACGUUCGUUCAAGUCGCCGGACCCAUAGAUCCCAAGUACCGGAUGCCUGUCGAUCCCGUGAGCGUGAUCUUCCGAGGAAUUAAAAUGCUCGGUUGUGUCGAAGGAGACAGCGUUCCUGGAGAGUUCAUCCCGCAGUUGAUCAAGCAUUAUCGCGAGGGGAAAUUGCCAGUGGAUAAGAUGGUGGAGUUCUAUCCCGCUGAGGAUUUCAAGACCGCGUUACAUAACAUGCAUUCUGGCAAGACGAUCAAGCCAGUGUUGACAUGGUAG